GAGGAUAGGGAAGUUUGGGUAGCAAAAGUAGAACACCGCAGCACUGUUUACGAAGGAUAUCACCCCGCCCCUACUACUACCAGACCAACAAUUACCGAACGACCCCAAGCCCGCGACUUCAAAAGAAAAGUAGUAGGCAACCGAGGAAAAAGAAAA